AUGGCCGAUUUAGCGGGACAGUAUGCGAUUUUGGAGUUAUUCGAAUCGGAUGAUGAUGAAAAUGAAAAUGCAAUGCUUCCUCCAUUACAUCUUCUAGCAAAUGGUGAUGAUAAUUACGAUGUUGUUCGUGUUCUGCAUCCAGUGCUAAACGAAAUUCAAAGGAUUGAAAGAGUAAAAAUUAUGAAAUAUAUUGAGAACAUUGUUCAUAAUUAUACAGAUCAAGAUUUUAUAAUGCAUUCUCGGCUAUCUCGUGGAAUGGUCGAUGAAUUGGUUUUACACUUCUCAACAUCAGAAAUUUAUGUUGCUCUGGAAGGUGAUGCGGGUAAUGAACGAUUGUCCGCUGAGAAACACGUGCUAACCUUUUUAUGGUUUGUUGGCCAUCAAACAGCAUCGUAUCGUGAUGUCGCAGACAGAUUUGGAAUUGCAUUAAUUGUAAGUACACUGUUUGCAGUUAUUACCAGAGUAACCGACUUUUUACUAUCGAUUGCUCCUGAUAUUAUAAGAUAUCCAAGUCAAGAGGAAAGAGAUAUAACUAAAGCUUAUUAUGUCCGAAGGAAAAGAUUUCCUGGCGUUAUAGGUGCGAUAGAUGGAUGUCACAUAAAAAUAGACAAACCUUUGGAAGUUAAAGAUUCUUAUUUGAAUCGGAAACACUACUUCUCUUUACAUCUACAGGGGGAA